AUUCGUCGCGCAUGCGCGAAAAAUCCGGAGCGCAAUACUACAAUUUGGAAGUCCUGCACGUGAAUUUGUGUGUUUAUUCGUGUUUAUUACUUAUGAUUGUGUUCGAAAGUGGAUUUCCUCAUGCACAGCUCCGCUCUGCGAACCUUUAAACGGUUUUAUGGACCAAAGUUAUUAGAUGCUGCAUCUGAAGUAAAGAUAUAUUGUAGAUAUUCGUUAUAUGUCAGACACAAAGCACACAUAGCAAUGUUGAAUGAUCAGAAGUUGGAUAUUUCUGCGCAAGAGGAAACAGGUUCACUAUCCUGGCUGCGUACCGUAGCCCCAGCCUUCCCAGUGAAUGGUUCCAAGAUUACUAUAAUUCACAAACCGCAAGUGUUUUACACUACUCUGUUGGACAAGUGCAAGCACGCCAAGAAGAGAAUCACAUUUGCCUCAUUGUAUUUAGGUAUUGGUCCUUUAGAAACUGAGUUGGUAAACGUUAUAGAGCAGGCGAUAAAUACAAGUGAUGGCAACGUACAAGUACGGAUUCUCCUGGACUACAUGAGAGGUUCACGGGGUAAGCAGAACUCUAGAAAGAUGCUGGAGCCGUUGCUCAAGGGCAAAUACGGCAAUCGCUGUAAGGUCUUUCUCUAUCACACACCUAAACUACGUGGCGUCAUGAAGGCGACAAUACCUGACCGCUUUAACGAGCUCAUUGGCUUGCAGCACAUGAAGUUGUAUAUAAUUGACGACGAUUUGAUCAUUAGUGGAGCGAACCUCAGCAACGAUUAUUUCACAAAUCGGCAGGAUCGAUACUUCGUCAUUGCAGAUUGCAAAGAGCUUUGUGAUUUUUAUAAUAGCUUGAUCGAAAGAGUGAUGGAAUUUAGCUUUUUGUUACAACCGGAUGGUAAUACGAAUUUGAAUCCUGCCGUGAAUUGUCAUCCUUAUAAAGGAUCCAGAAAAACUUUUAUUCAGGAGGCCGCGUCCAAGAUACAAACGCUAUUCCAGAAUGAAAUAGAAAAACGCGCAGAUCUAAAUAAAAAAGACGCAGAUACGUGGAUAUUUCCAUUGGUACAGAUGGGUCAGCUGGACGUCUAUCACGACAGUGAGAUAACGUUGAAGCUCAUACAAACAGCUCCAGUGGGAGCUACACUCAGAUUAGCGACAGGCUAUUUCAAUCUCACCUUCGAUUACAGCCGGGCUUUGCUCAGAGAUUGUCAAGCAACGUGUCAUCUUUUGACAGCGCAUCCCACUGCCAAUGGUUUUUUCAAUGCUAAAGGAAUUGCCAGAGGAAUUCCGGCGGCGUACACCAGAAUAGAGGAAUCUUUCUAUGAUUUAUGUGAAAAGAUGGAUCAGCAGAAGAGAAUAACGUUAUGGGAGUUUAUCAAACCGGGAUGGACUUAUCACGCCAAGGGUCUCUGGUACACUUUGCCUGAUCAGCAAAAGCCCUCAUUAACUCUCAUAGGUUCGCCAAAUUUUGGUUACAGAUCGGUCAACAGGGACCUUGAGACGCAGAUAGCCGUGGUGACGAGGAAUGAGAAGUUGCAGGACGCGUUGCACGAGGAACAGGCGCGAUUGUUCUCAUGUGCUAAGCCCGCUACUAGAAAGACCUUCUCGCAGCGAGACAGAGUACCGCCAGCCUGGGUGUGCGCAGUCGUACUUUUCUUUCGUUAUUAUUUUUAAAAUGAAAUUAAUGUGCUUGCCUUUAGGGCUCCUGGAUCGGUGAGAGAUCAAGAGCCUUAGGAAGGCAAAUUACGCAAAUACUUAUUUAAUUCUAGCUGUAAUAUUGUUGCGCAACAAGUAAAAAAAGCCUGCAUAGGCUUCUUAUGAAGCUCCA